GUCCGUUUGUCCAAGAGUGCACUGAACACGAGAGUGAAGCCUGUCAGAUAAGCUGAACACGCAACACUGCUGCUUUACGUUGUCCGAACUUUGUACGAAGAAUAUUGUAGUUAGUCUGUCGAGCACAACCAUUUUGCACAGGAUGACAAACCCGAACGAAGUGUAUUACAGCGGUGCGAACGAAACCACCGCAUUCUUGACAGAAGAGACUCUGUCUUGGGACAACUAUAACUCCUCCUCUCACGUUCUUGACUGGAACUCACACCUCGUAGAGGUGAACUUUGGCUAUGCGAACGACUCCUUCUUGACAGCCACUCUGACUGAAGCAAUCACUUCGACACAAUCGGCCAUCCUAGGAUCCUCCACCUCGUUCAGCCAGCCGGCUGCCAAAUGUGUCAAAGAAGAGUUAUCAGAGCCGGAUUUUCCGCGGUACGCCUGUGAGGGGAGCAAAAUCACCUCAUGGAUCGCUGCGGUGUUCCUUUUGUCAAUGAUCACAUUUGGGAUAAUCAAGUGUCUCACAACUCACGGACCACGGAACAUAUUUGACCUGCGUCGCAAUGGGGUCAGUUUCCCUCAACGUCCGGAAUUUUUUGUACUCAUUUGUUCCAGUCUGCCACUCAUCUUCACCGUCCUCACUCGCCCGUUGUUCACGCCACUGUCACUGAGGCAUGACAUAUUUAUCAGAGGUUGGGGUCUGGCACAGACCAGAUUCUUUUUCGACUUGUUCACACGCACCGCAUCCAUCUACCAUUUGGUCUACUGGGUGUACAGAACACCAAUCAUACACUUACUAUGGCGUAUUCGAAUAUACACGGAACAUAUGUGGACCAAGUGGAAGAAUCGUCCCAAACCAAUUCGGCAAAAGAAGGAGUUGAUUGCUCGUGCCUCCCUGACCACACUUAACAGAACAAAACCACCUGCACGUCGGCCUGGUAGGACAACGGAUUACGGAUAUGGAAAACGUCGCCGUCGUUCCAAAUCGAUCCGUAGCGAUCGAUCAAAUGGAAAGUCCUUUACAAGCGCUCAUCAUUCGCCAUCGGACCCACUACACACCCAACCACCACAAUCAUCCGACGCCUCUGGCACCCACUCGACCUCACAACGCGCGCCUGUAAUUAGUGCGGCGGCGGUGAAUUUGAUAUCCCCACAACCGUUGUUGUCCAGCUAUAUGUUGGGGGAUAGCAUGGGGCCUAGCUUGGGAACCGCAUAUUCACCCUUCCCACAAGGCGCAAUGAACCACUCGAGCGGACUCAACAUGUACAAUCCGUCCCAGGUCAUGCUCCCCCAAGGUGGUGGAUACGGUAGUAUGUACGGAAUGCCCAUGGGAAUGGGAGUGGGCCAACCUGGCUUCAUGCCACAGAGCUAUCCAACACAAGGUUCUUCGUUUGCACCCGGCCCAAUUCCGAACACUGAAAACCAAGGUACAGUGGGGACUGCAAGUAGCACCUUGGUGGAUUCAGCACCCGAUCCUGACAAAUCAACAAAGGUCAAGGCUACCGUAAAACCAGCUCUUGUAAUACCGCCUCCAACACGUGCAUUCUGUUACCUGUGCAAACGCAUUAUACCGGGCAGCAUAUAUAUCACCUCAUUCGUAAUCACCAUACCCUCUGUUCUGGCAUUUGAGGUAGACACAACUGAGACAGCCUUCGUGGUGGCCCGAUGCACACACAUGUGUCGAUCUUAUUUCUAUUACGACCUAGUGGCUCUGGUAACCGUUCCAACAAUCAUGAUCAUAGUAGCAUUUUAUCACGGUGCCCUUGCAAAAAAACAGCUGAAUGGGGGAACAAAAAUGACCUAUCGUCUGCGCUGCUAUUACGUGACAUUCAUACUCCUCAAUAUCCCAAUGUUCGUGCUAAUGCUCACUUCCAUUGGAUUUCGCUUGAGUGCGAGACCGUACAGAGAUAUCUAUGGAACCGGAAUUCUCAUCGCGAUGACGGCUUAUCAUGCGAAUUUUGCACUGAAGCCUGCAAUUUACACAACUGGAUGCAAUUGCAUUUGCUGCACCGACGCCUGUUUCCGCCGAUUCCCAGUCAUUGAUAAAUUUGUUACCUUCUUCACAACACCCGUAUACAUGAAGGACAGAGAGGCGGGUUUGGAUAGUAAUUCACUUGCAGUCUAUCCAGAGAAAGCUGCUGACAAGUCGAUAGGAUAACCUUGAUGGAUUCCGGGAAGAGUUUAUUCUGUCGGAGCGAUAACAUGUGUCGCAGCAUCUUGCCAUUUCGCUAGGGCGUUCAGAUGUAAGAAAUUUCGGAAUCUCUCUUCCGUCCUUGUCUCUAUCUCUAGCCUGAAUUACACUCACCAACAUAUUCUGUAUGCUAGUAUAGCCGGAAACAUUAACUCUAGAUUGAGAAUGAUCUUGAUUUUAUCGAAGCAUUGCUUUAUGGGCGAGUGCGACAAAUAUUGUCCUGUUGCGUUUUAUGCUGCGGUCAUUUGAGUUCAGUCCGAAUUGUUGAGAUCAUAAUUGUUAGCAUUUUUCAAAUAUGUUGUUCAACAGACUCUGGUUGGUUUAUCACCCGGCCGUUUGUUUAGUAACCAACAAAUAUAUGAAUACAUCGCCCUC